UGCCGUGGUUUCAGCCUCUCGUUUCUUGUGGAGACCGUCGAUGGGUGUGCGUGCAGCUGAAGGGUGUAUGAGUGUGAGAUGUGUGUGUGUGUGAGCCGUGAUUCUUACAGCUGUGAGGAUAUAUGACGGAGGGACGGAGGGAAGGAAGGGAGGAAGGAAGGAAGGAAGGAGGUGUUGAAGGGUGGAUGUGGAUUAAUGUUGUUGCAGACGAGAAUCACAGCGAGUCAUCGUUUCCUCUGAGCUGCAGAGAUCUGUGAGGACGACAGGAGCUUCAUCACUCCAUCUUUGUUUCAGCACAGGGAGACUGAAGGAGGGAAAGAAGGAGACAGUGAAGCAGACACUGAAGGAGACACUGAGGGAGACACUGAAGGAGACACUGAAGGAGACACUGAAGGAGACACUGAAGAAAGGAUGGAGGGAGUUUGAGUCCACACUGAUCCUCCGGCUCUUAGGGGAGUCAUGACGUCUCAGGAGGAGACGUCUUCCUUCAGGAGGUUUUUUCAGUACGUGGAGGACAGCGGCCUUCGAACAUACGACGGCCUGGUGAUCCAAAACGCCUCCGACAUCGCCAGAGAGAGCGACCGCAUUCGCAACCAGACCAACUGGACCUACCUGCAGGAAAAACACCAGAAGAAGAGACGACAGGAAGAAGCCAUCAAGUGGAUUGGUGAAGAUGUUGCCAUGGCAACAGACGGGGCAUACUCUGGGAAACAUUUCAGGAUGGGUUUCAUGACGAUGCCGGCACCACAGGACCGUCUGCCCCCCCCCAGCCAGGGCUUCACCGUCCGAUCCCAGUCCCUCCACUCAGUGGGCGGAAGCGACGAUGACUCCAACCACAACCGAAAACAACCCCCGCCCAAACCCAAGAGAGACCCCAACACCAAACUGAGCAGCAGCUCUGAAACGGUGAACGGAGGCUCCGGAGUCACCAAGAGAGACACCCAAGAGACAAAAGAGAUGCCGGAGCAGGCUGAAGCUCGAUGCCAUCUUUACAGUGAGGACUACAAGAAGAUGCCUCCACCCAAACCCAAAAGGAACCCAAACACUCAACUCAGCACCUCCUUUGAUGAAUCUUACAUCCGUAACCAUGGCAACAAGAAGUCUUCCUUGCGAUGGGACAAAUCUUCCUCCCAGAGUCAGAGUCCAGCGUCGAGAGACACGGACGACGAGGAGCCCGUCUACAUCGAGAUGGUGGGAAACAUCCUGCGAGAGCUAAAAGGUCAGGAAGCUGUGGAGGACGAGCAGAGCGAGUCGGUGUACGAGGAGAUGAAGUACCCGAUGUUGGAGGACUUUCUGCAGGACGCCAACUCCACCAUCAUGGACCCUGAAGCCUGGUCGUCCCGUGGCUCUAUCUGUGACAUCCCUCCACCUUUCCCCAACCUCCUGACUCACCGCCCACCGCUGCUUGUCUUCCCCCCCGCCCCUGCUCAGUGCUCCCCCAACUCCGAUGAGUCCCCCCUCACCCCCUUAGAUGUCACCCGGCUGCCCAUGAUAGACAACGUCUCCUACAGCAAGUCGGGUGGUGUCGAACAUCCGCAGAGCUCCACCCACCACCGCAAGGAGAGAGACCGGGAUCGGGAUCGAGACCGAGAACGGGAUCGGGAACGUGACCGAGAACGGGAUCUGCCCUCCACCCACACCAUCACUUCCUCCGGCCGUUCGUCAGCUCCGCCUCUCCCCUCCAACUUUUACAAGUCCUCUGGCUCUGCACACGGUGGUCAUGGUUACCCCCGCAGCCAAUCAGCAUGUCCAUCUCCAGUCAGCAUGGGUCGCUCUCUGACUCCUCUGAGCCUGAAGAGACCACCGCCAUACGACGCUCUGAUGGCAGGAGGAAGUAUGCCCCGCUCUUCAUCUUCCUCUUCCUCAUCCUCACACAGGGCCGUGGAGGGUGGAGCUAAACUCAGUAACUCCUCCUCCACCCACGGUUCCAUGCAGAAUGUGUCGAUGAGGUCACAGACUCCCACGAGCCCAUUGGAAGAACUCAACAACCUGUUUACGUCAGGUAGACAGGUGGCAAAAAAAGGAACCAGAGGCAGGAAGAGCAGACAGAGUGAAGGAGACUCCAGGUCUCUGCCCAGACAUGACAGUAAAGACAGAGACGGACAGUCCAGUCCAGUUUCCAGCAGGAUGGGAAGGUCGUCCGUCAGCCCCACCAUGAUGCUUUCCGGAGGAGGAGGAGAAUCAAAGUCAGUGUGUAAACUUGGCCGUUCAGCCUCGACGUCAGGCGUUCCUUCACCAGGUGGGACGCCACGUCACCUGCACGAGCCGCAUCACCCCGCCCUCAGCCAGGAUUCAACUUGACUGAACAACAGAACGUAAAACAUUUUACAGACGGACGAAGCUUCGAUCCAUCAGCUGACAUCUGAACUGUAAACAUGUAAACUAGUAAACAAGUUAACAUGAAACAUGUGAACAAAUAAACAUGUGAAAGUGUGAACAAGUAAACAUGCAAACGAGCAAACAUGUGAAUGUGUAAACAAAGUGUUUUCUUUACUUCCUUCAAAGGACAUUUUGUAAUUUCAGUUUUGUGUAAAAUAUUUGGUGUUUAAAUUAAACGUUUUUUGUAUUGUGUCUCAACAUGAAUCUAAACGCUGACACUAAAAUGAAUCUGUAGAUAUUAACAGUGAAGUAAUACUUUAAUGCUGAUACUAACAACGUUUCAUUAUUGACACUAACAUUAGACUAACGCAAAUAGAACUCACACUGAAGCACUUUAAUAGAUUAAAUCACUUUAACUUAAAUUAUUUACCCUUUUAAAUAAACUAACUCUAAUCUCACCUAACUAACUCCGCCCACCACGGAUUAAACCCUGCCCACUCAUGCACCUGACUAAACCCUAACACGGCUGCCAUUGUACCCUCAGCCCGUCCAUCACUGUUAGCCCGCCUCAGCCAGCCACGCUUCUCUUAUACUUCACAGAGAAUUCAUCCUUUUUUAAGCACGUUGUUGUUUCUUGUUGUGUUUUUUUAAAUGAAAAACAAACAUUUGUCUUCUGUUCCUUUUGGACUCUCUCUGGUUGUAAUGCUGUAAAUUUAAUAUCUGUAACUGUGUGUGUAAGUGUUUGCUGAGGAGUCUCUGACAAUAAAAUAUUUAAUUUCACCAAAUUCUGAGUUAAAACAUCAGCCUGAAGCUUCCGAAGAGUGUGAAAACUCUGAAACAUGAUGACUUUUAAUUUAUGCGUAGAAUCUGUUUACAAUCUGUUUCUAUUCUGACACAUUAGACCAGGGUUCGAAUUACGGGGGGGAUUGGGAGGGUCUGACCCCUUAUAUAUCCUUCUUACCUGUAAUUGUAAAUAUUACAAUAUAUUUCCCAUAUCCAUGCCUGAAGAAUCUUGUAACACGAUUUCAGACGGGCCAUACCAUUUCUGGGCUUGACGUGGUUAAACGUCCUGCCUGCCUGCCUCACUCCCAUCAUUGCAGCGGCUCACAUUAAAGUCUUUGCUCGCAUGCGUCGCGCCAGCCACUGGAGACGCUGUAGGUUAAUGCGAGUAGCGCGCUAUCUAGCUAGUUUAUACACGUUGCUUUCUGCGUGACUGGCUGGCAGUGUUGCUCUACAAUGCUGUGAUCAUUUCUGGGCCCUGUACAUAAGCAGUCUCUGUCACUGUUGGAAAUUUACUUUUUUGUCCACCUGCCACUAAAUAUUUUUACCAGCCACUUUCUUAACCGGUGCUCUGUCGACAUGUGCUACCUAUGGAGCUGCUUAGUCAGUCUCCCUGAAAUCUUAAACAGAGAUAUUAGAAUAUAGUGUUUCAGCAUGCUCCCCAUAUUCUUACAGUACACAUGGAGUGAGUAGUGGUGUGAUAAUAAUGUGAUAUUGGUCGAGAUACGCUGCCCCUGACAUCUUAAAUAAAGAAAUUAUAAUAUUGUA